AUGCCAGAUUUUGAUUCUACUUUGAUCGAGUCCGAUGAUGGACCUCUUUUAGGAAGAACUCCUCCUAUGCUUUCUUACUUUUGUGUAUAUAAUCCAUCUUUAUGUCAUUCUGAAGAAAAUACAAAAGAUCAAAUACUUUAUUAUACAGCCAAAAAGGUGGUUCCUGCUGAUGUUAAAAUGAAACAAGUAGGCCUUGCUCAAGCUUUGGUUAAUGUCACUAGUGCUUUUUCAGUCUCACGUUCUACUGAAAAUGUUCACUCACAAAGAAACCGUAUGGUAUUUUUACAACCUGAACCUGGCUUUUGGAUUCAUAUGUGUGUUGAACUUGGUAUCUUACGACGACAAAUCAAGGAUCCUAAAGGAAAAGAAAAAUUGGUCACUGAAUAUUUAGAUACUGAACUUAAUGAUCGUGCACUUUCUUCUAUUCUUCAAAUUGGUUAUGAACAGUUCAAGUUAUUAAAUGGUACAAUGACAUCUAUACUCUAUGGAGAUGAUGAUUCAAAUUCAAAACCAAAUCGACAACAAACAAGAACUUUGAUGCAUGCUAUUGAAGAAUUCUUCUCAAGUUGGAUUUGGCAUUGGGACUUUGAUCGAUUAGAUUCUAUGGUUUUUGGUGCUGUUUUCAAUGGGAUACCAUCACAACCAAUUGUAAGAUCCAAUUAUCUUGAUAUCCAUCAUCUUGAUCUUUCAGUUCAAAAACAAUUCAAUUCUCUCAUCAGUCAUAUGUUGGUUCUUGAUCAUGAAGGCUCUUUGAUCUAUCGUUCUCUCUCACUUCAAUCUUUAGAUGUACGAUCAUUACGGAAAUAUAUCUUGAAACGUGUCGAAGCAUACAAAAUCCAACAGGAUAAUAUUUCAGCUAAACAAAAGGAAAAUGAAAGCAGUACAAAGAAGGAAAAGGGAACAACAACCACUCUCAAAGCAUUGACCAAAUCGUUAUCUCAAGCACAUAUAUUUAACUAUUUCAGCAAGACUUCUUCCUCUACUACAACAGAUACCUCAUUACCUGUUGCUGAUACUACCACUACUGUUACAAGUGAUGCAUUAUUAUCUCCACCGACUGAUAUCCCAACUGCUCCAUCUUCACCUGUUACAGAAUCUUUUGAUCAAAACACUCAUCAUUGUCAAGGUGUCUUUCUAACUGGAAUGGUAGAUUCUAUUGUGCAUGAUCUCAAUGGUGACGAUAUCAAUGUUACAAAGGAAGAUAUUGUCCGCGUUUACCUGAAUAGUUAUCCUAUUGUGGAAGAAGAUGAUACAACAAAACCAGAUCCUGAUAUAUUGUCAGAGUACAUAUUGAUUAUCUACAAGGAUCAAAGUAAUCUUGUAUGGUCUUUCCUAUUACCCUCCUAUGAACAAGACGUGGAUGAUUUGGUACGAGACAUUGACUUUUAUCAUUCUUUGGAACGAUUUAUGUUGGAACAAGGAAUGAGUCAAAUUGUAUCUGCUAUCUGGAAAAAUAUUGAAGAGGGAGAAAAACGAACGUAA